GAGAUGACCACCAGUCACUUUUACUUUCAGUUCCCUUCCGCAACCUCGCUCACUCGCAACGUCCCAACCGACCUGCCUCCCACCGCUCGAUUUCGCAUAAUAUUAAAAUCCUUUCGGUGGCCUUGAAUCAAAUAUUCCCCGGAAAUCGAAGGACGGCACGAGUUUGACGCCUCCCACGUCAACACGCACGCACAUAAAUAACGGCAAAGUACGAGAGUGAUUUGGAAAAAAUACUAUUUUGUUCCAAAUUUUCUACGUUUUUGUUCCUAAAACUGUGCUAGGAUUUGGAUCCCUGUGUGAAGUGGGGAACGCAGCAAUAUUCUCAGGAAACUAAGACCUGAUAACCAGAAAAGAUAUUAAAAGAUGCAGCUCUCCUCAUCAGCAUGGGCGGCGGCCUUUGUGGCGCUAAUGUUGGCAUGCUCCGUCGUGCUGGCACACCCACUCGGAAAGGAAGCCGAAGCGAGCCAAGACACCGAGACGGCCGCCGCCGCCGAGAAUGGCAAGGAGUCAAAGGUAUACGCCGACAUGCUCCAAAUACUUCAAGAUGUGGAAAAUAGCCAAGCACAGCUUCAAAACGUUUUAAAAACGACGGCGACGACAACAAACACGGACGCCGACCGACGAGAGGACACCGUACAAACUGCAGCGGUCGCUGACUCCACCGCGGCAGGAAACACGCCAGCGGUCGCGAACUUGUUAAACAUGGAACACAUCGUGAAAGCGCUUGAGAGCGUCGCAUCCACCUUGUCGAAAGGAUCGAAAGGACUGACGGCAGAUGCUUCUUCAACGGACGAAGCUGUCCUCAGAAACGAGCGUGACUCUGGUUACGGGGUUCCACAGUCGUCAUACGGUCCCAACACCGUGGCAGAAACACCCAACAACUUUAUCAACGUUUUCUCUCAAGCAGCCGCCAACACGGUCAACUUUGCGACACAAUUGCUCAACAGUUUGGUUGGUGUUGCCGCCAACAUUUUGCAGGGAACCGUCUCCACCUUGCUCAGCCUGCUCAACGCCAAGGGCCAAAUAGUCGGCGCCGUUGUGCAAUCCGCACCCCCAGUUCUGGCCUCCGUCACUCGAACGGCGGGUGACGUGUUGGCCGCAAAGGCUCGCAUUUUCGGCGCAGUGACGCAGUCCGCAGUGAACUUUGCCUCUCAGUUGGCGCAAACGGUGACGACGACCUUUUCCAGCCUGUUCAAUGGACCCAACGCCAUAAACUUUAACGCCCUCGGACGUCGCGACUCGGAUGGGAGUGCGAGCAGCGGGAUUGCAAAUCUAGGUCAAACCAUUGUGAGUUCGCAGCUCAACCUGCUGAACGGAAUUCUGUCGCCAUUCGUCAACGGGGGGAGGAGUGGUUCCUCGUCGUCGUCUUCGUCAGGCUCACUGAACCCAUUUGCCGCCCUGUUUGGCGGUGGGAGUGGUUCCAACCCGUUGGCCGCUCUUUUCGGCGGUGGAAGUGGAUCCAGCCCACUCGCCGCCUUGUUCCCAUCUCUCAGUCGGUCACGUUCCUCUGCCAAUUCGAAUUCUGAUUCGUCCUCUUCAUCAGAAUCUUCCGAACCCAACUUCCGCAUCACGAUUGGAUCGGGUGGAAGCAGCGGGAUCGGGAGUAGCAGCCCCAUCAAUGUCCCCACCGAACCGGACGAGGAGAUCGAGCAGGACAAGGAGACCAAGUAGUUUAUUUAUAUAUUUAAAUAGAUUAUGAAUUGUGAACGGUGAUGAAUAGGCCAAAUCCACGAAGAAAAACUCAACUAUUAUAUUUUUUACUACGAGAACUCACUCGCAUAAAGAUAAGACUUUUAUUUUUUAUAAUGUACGCACAGGUUUUAUUUUUGCUAGUAAUUAUCAUUAUUUUGAUCAUUAUUAGUAUUGUAUUAUUUUAAUAAAAUAUUGUGACGAUAAUA